AUGAAGAUAUUAAUAUUAGUUUUACUUUGGCUUACUAUUUCAAUUAAUCGAAUUCAUAGCAAACCAAUCCUAACUAUCUUAGAUACUGAUAUUGGUUCGGAUUACGAUGAUCAAUUGGCAUUAACAUAUAUUUUAGCAAAUCCAUCUAUAUUUGACUUGAAACUUGUUGUCUGUUCAACAUAUAAUACUACGGCACGUGCUCAAAUUGUUGCAAAAACUUUAGCAAUAUUUGAUCGUUUCGAUGUACCAAUAGCGAUAGGUCAAAAUACGGGCACAACAAAUAUUUUUGAAUAUGAAUGGGCACAAAAUUACACUCUAGAUCAGUUCCAACAGGAUGGAGGAAUAGUAUAUAAAAAUGGAGAAGAAGCUUUAUUAGAGGAAAUGCAAAAAGCUAAUCCGAAUAAUAUUUACAAUCUCAUUGAAAUUUCACCAACUACAUCAUUGGGACACGUUUUGCAACAUUUACAACCGGAAACAUUAAAUUAUAUUCGUCUAUUUGCCAUGGCAGGAUCCAUCUAUCGUGGUUAUGACAAUUCAAGUCAACCAUCAAAAGAAUAUAAUGUUGCUGUUGAUAUUCCGGCAGCUCAAAUCGUGUUUAAUGCGUCAUGGGCUUAUUUCGGUUUAGCUCCACUUGAUUCUACAAAUUUUAUGCAAUUUUAUGGUUCUGAAUGGCAAACAUUUCUUACAUUUCUUAAUCAAAAUAAACAUGUGCAAUUAGUUAUUAAUUCGUAUACAGUUUGGUAUAAUAAUGGCGGAAAGCAUAAUGAUGCCAUGAAACCUUUUAGUCCUGAAAAUGGUACAAGUACCAUGUACGAUGUUUUAGCUGCAUUUCUAGCUGCGUCUUAUCCACGAGCUUUCACUAUGGUCGUUCAGCAACUCCCAUUGAUUGUUACUCAAGAUGGUUUUACAAGAGUGGAUUCAAUUUUAGGCAAACAAGUUAAUGCAUCUGUGGCUUUUAUAACACAAGAUCCAUAUACAUCGACAGAACUCAUUGGUAUCACUGUAUUAGAUUCGAUUAUUAACAGUUGA